CUCUUUGGUAAUGCCGAACUCCUCCGAACUCUUUGGUAAUGCCGAACUCAUACUCUUCCUUGGGCUUUGGGCUGAUGGGCCGUCACUGCUGUUGGGCUUGUUUAGUUCGUACCCCAUCAUCAUGUAUGCCGGUGGAAGUAUGGGGCAUGCAAGAACUACAACAUAUUGAGGUAUGGGGAAAAGACCUACCAACCCCUGAUUCUUCUGCUGCUGCUGCAUUGGAUAGACUUUUCAGUAUUAAGGGUGUGAGUGAAAAGAGUUGCACAAGAGAAAUUCUCAAGAGAAUCCCAAACUUAAAGGGAUUAGGAAUUUUGGUAGAAUUGCAGCCUUAUGAUGAAGAUGAUGAUAGAAACCCAUUGAGUAACCUGGGUUAUAUAUCUGAGGAACUCAAGUAUUUGACAAUGCUUUCAUAUACUGUGAGGUAUCAUGAUAUUAAGCGUGCGUAUAUGGUUCCUCUAUCAAUGUUCCCAUCAAGUUUGGAAGGGUUAUGUUUGAGUGGCUUAGGGUGUCCAUGGGAGCACAUGAAUGUCAUAGGGUCGAUGCUACCAAAUCUUACGUAUCUCAGUUUAGAAGGCUAUGCCUUUCGAAGCCCCGAGUGGAAUAUAGAAGCAGGGAGUUUUCUGAAACUUGAGACAGUUAAAAUUGAGGACACCGAUUUGGUGCGAUUGAUAGCUCAGCAUGGAAGUCUCCCAAGACUCAACCUCCUAAGCAUACGCCAUUGCUACAAAUUACAACAAUUCGAUUGGACGCGUGAUCCCUCAAUGGUCACCACUACAAUUGAGUUAGUUGAGUGCCAUCCCCUAGCCGUCGAUUCUGCCAUGCAAUUAAAGCCUGAAUCUGUCUUUAAAAUUCGUUCUCACUCUUCUUUUUGAUGCAAGAAGUCCUAGCUCAACUCUCAACUUGGUUAACAGGGAUCUGUGGUGAUUUUGGAUAAGCUUGAGUGAAGAUUGACCAAUCUGCGGUUGGGAGGAAGUAUUUAAUAAGAAAAUGUAUCACAAACAAAGAUAUCUGAAUUUUUAGUUUUAUCUCCUUAAUUUUAGUUUAACAACUCUUGCAUUUCCAUUUCUAGUUAAUUGCUACUUUUGCUUUUGUUGAA